UGGUAACGUCAUCAAAGAGCGCCAGUCUGUCAACAAACUGACAACUCACUCUUAAAGGUGUCCGUUGAAUGUCUACUAUAUCAGAUUGAAUAGCUUGCUACACAUCGAUGUAGAGAGAACCACACCAGGCCGCCCUGUUCUUCUGCCACAGAGCUGUAGUGUGAGCUGGGCUCCGGCUGCAGGGAUGGGCCAGCAGCUCUCGGGCCAGACGAUGAUGACCCGCCUACCUGAGAAGCUGGUGAAACACGCAGGACUGGUGCGCGACAGCAGCUACCUCACCUACGAUGAGUUCCUGGGCAGAAUGGCUGAGCUUAAUGACGUGACUGCUAAACUGGCUGCUGGACAGCCGAAGCACCUGCUCUUUGAAGUCCAGACAGGUUCGGAUUCCAGCGCUCUGUGGAAAGUAGCUGUGAGAAUAGUCUGUACCAAGAUAAACAAAGAGAACGGCAUGGUGGAGGCUUCACGCAUCAUGAACUUGUACCAGUUCAUCCAGCUGUACCGGGACAUCACCAGCCAGGCAGCUGAAGUGUUGUCAGCAGGGGUCGCCAGCGAGGGGCCCUCCGGCCAGCUCUCUUCGGCAGAAUCCUGCCAGGCCAGUAUGUGGAUGGGCAGAGUUAAACAGUUGACUGACGAGGAGGAGUGCUGUAUCUGCAUGGACGGAAAAGCUGACCUCAUCCUUCCUUGCGCACACAGCUUCUGUCAGAAGUGCAUUGACAAAUGGAGCGGACAGAGCCGAAACUGUCCAAUAUGUCGCCUGCAAGUGACAGCCGCCAACGAGUCGUGGGUCAUGUCUGAUGUACCCACUGAGGAAGACAUCGCUGGUUACAUCCUCAACCUGGCAGACGAGGCAGGCCACCCGCACAUACCUUAAGCUCAGCACUAAGCCACUUUAACCAUAGAGACAGAGUUGUGUCAGUGUAGUGCUUAUUGAGGUUCAAGAACUUUGGGUGCAGUGGAUUCCGAUUUCCUGGUGUGAUGUAACCAAUGGACUGUCUAUAGAAGUGCAAACCCCUCCCAUACAUCCUACCCGAUCAUUGAAAUCAAAUGCACCUGAAUCACUUGAGAAUAAGUCGUGUUUUUAGCCGGGUUUAGAGACAAAUCGACAUUGUGAAUGGUUUUUCGGUUUGGAAAUAUCCCGUUAGCGCUGCCAUUCUUCCUGCUGCGCUGUCUUCUCCACUGUAUGCAAUAACUACUGGCAAUGUAUCACUUUUGAGUUAUCCUUUUUGUACAUUUUCUAUAGUUUCAAAGUCGUUUUUACCUGAUUUCUUUAAAACCUACAUGUGGAUAUAAACUUCCGAGGUAUCUGUCCUAAUCUAAAGUGUAAAACUACUGCAUUGUCAUGGUUUUUGGUUGCCUGGUUAUUCAAACUUUUAUAAGUAAUUGCACUUUGAAUUCUAAAUACCAGUAGAUGUUUUGUAUACAAUUUAAGGCAGCUUUUGGAACUGGACACAAAACUGUCUAGUAACACCUAAAUCUAUCGUGAUCCAUUUUCAUUAUACACUGUAUUCUAUUGGUUCACUUUCAGCACCUGUGAUAUGUGAUAAUUGACUUCAUGGAUACUUUAAUUAUGUUCAGAUUGACAAUUACAUUAUCUUUAUACAAAAUUAAGAGAUUAUUUCCUAAUUUAUGUUUCUAUUUAUUUUCAUGGCAUUGAAAUGAUUUACUGUACUUUUUUUACAAAUAUGAAUGAAAUGGACGGAUUUCCAUCUAACAAUUACCUAAUAAUUAUAUUCAUAAACAUGGGGGAUUUAGGUUUAGGUAGAAAAACAAGAUGCUUUGUGUAAACAUAUGAUUAUACAAAAGAACAUUAAUUAUAAUAAUAAAAGAAAGACAAUUAUACAUAUAUAUAUAUAUAGUUACAUUUACAUUUAGCAGACGCUCUUAUCCAGAGCGACUUACAGUAAGUACAGGGACAUUCUCCCCGAGGCAAGUAGGGUGAAGUGCCUUGCCCAAGGACACAACGUCAUUUGGCACAGCCGGGAAGCAAACUGGCAACCUUCAGAUUACUAGCCCGACUCCCUCACCGCUCAGCCACCUGACUGUUCAAAUAUCUAUAGGUAUAGUUCACAUAUCUAUAGGUAAAUAGAUCUUUUAAAAAUUAUAAUUAAAACCAGAAUUUAAUAAUUCUGUAUUUUAAACCUCAGAGAGGUUUUCCAGACACAAGCUCAGCAGGUUUGAUUUUUCAUUUUACUAUGAUUUAAUCUACUAAGCAUUUGCAACAGGUGUAACAAAUAAAAACACUCAUAUUUGAAUUUAUGUACAACACUAAUGAGCUAUUCAAUGUUUUUCAUACAACUCUUGUGCACAGAAAAUAUUUUGCUGCCACUUUUCUAGGUUGUAGCAUCUACUUUUUACCACUGUGUGCAAGCAACCUCUGCCUUGAUUUGUUGGUAAGAAAUAUCCAAGUAUUUCACUGUAUAUUUUAGAACUUCAAUGCUGAAAGUGACCAUUAAAGAUAUAAAACAUAAUCCACAUCAUUCCUAAUUGCUGUGUUAUGCCUAAUAAAUAAAUAAAUAUCCACUGGUGUUUUCUUAUGAUGAAUUACAAGAAGGUGCACUGUCUAUUUUCUGAUUUUAAAGUACAUUUCUAGAAUGAAAGGACAAAGGCAAAGGCACAUUCUUUAGUUACCAAUUUAUUGUAUGUAAAAAAAUGUAACACCCCUGUUCAUCCUAAAUAUAAUAAAGUGAAGAUGUAAACAUUUAAACAUGGCAUACUUUGGGACAGUGAAUCAUUUCAACGGUUAAAGGCUGGUUGAGCUAUUUUCCUAUAUGCUCUCUUAAAAAGGAUCCAUAUAUGCCCAUGUAAUGACCAAGCUAAAAUCUCUAAGUUCCCACACAGAAAUGGACACAACCCACCAUGUGCUUCGAAGACAGGCUGAAGGGGGCAGUGUCUCAUUACAAUUCAGUAUAUUGAGUUCCCAUUCACCAGCCCAGUAAA